UAUGCACUUUUGCCUGCACGCCUCCAUCUAUAUGUCUUGCAUCAACUUUACCUGAUGUAAAUGGCUGUAAUUAAUUGUUACAAAAGAUAAAAGAUUAUAUCUUGCUGUCUUCGUUGCCUAUGCCUGUCAAGUGCUUCAAUAUAACUUGAUCAGCUUCAUAACUUAUUGAUUGGUGGUUUCGAAGUUGGUACUUAAUUUAUUAGUUAAUCCAUAACUUAACAGUAAUGACUCAUGGAUAAUCCAUUCUGUUUUUCUUAAACCACAAGCAGUGGUUGUUACUGUUAAUCCAUAUCUUAUUGAUUGAUGGUUUCGAAGUUGGUACUUAGUUAAUUUAUUAGUUAAUCCAUGACUUGGCAGUAAUGACUCAUGGAUUAAUCCAUUCUGUUUUUCUUACAACCACUAGCAGUGGUUGUUACUGUUAAUCCAUAUCUUAUUGAUUGAUGGUUUCGAAGUUGGUAAUUAGUUAAUCCUGUAAUCCAUGAGUCUUCUGCGCAAGAGCUGAAUUUUUCCUAGUUUCACUCUGCACUUCAGUUUUCUGGCCCUGCAACCCGUUAGUUUCAAAUCCUUUUAGCUUUUCUAAGGGGGUUUCUUUGUCUGUGACAUUCUGUUGUUCAUUUUUUUUUCUUUCCGGAUCCUUAAAUAAAUAGAACAGAGUAACAACCACUGCUAGUGGUUUUACGAAAAACAGAAUGGAUCUCUUUAGCGUACAGUGUACACUGACUUGCGGAAUUGCAAUUUUGCUUCAGUUACAGUUCAUUUCAAAUUCAAUGCAGUACUUUGAAGGCGUGAGAGCCAAAUUGACUGAAAGAUUAUAUGAAGGAAUCAAAUCAGUUGUGAGGCCAUAUCAAGUGAUGACAUGUUAUGAUGACGGAGAACUAUGAUCAAAGGCAUUCACUUGUGAGGCCAUCCUUCCUGCUAAUUCUGCAAAUCUCCGGUGUCCUCAGGUCAUUUCAUAUAAUUUAUGCUCAACAAAUCAAGAAGUUUGCUGAGUUUUGUUCAGAGGAAGGACACUAUGAUCAUGAAAAAAUAUAUCAAAGCAACUUAAACCUUCUACUAUCCAAUCUCUCCUUUGAAGCAGUCACUAAAAAAUUCUACAACUUCACUGUGGGUGAGGGCAGUAAUAAAGUGUAUGGCCUAUUCCUUUGUGUUGGAACCUACACUGCCCAGCUUUGCCAAGACUGCAUCACUGAAGCAGUAGGUCAAGUUCAACAGAAGUGUCCAAAUCAUGUUGCAGCAAUUGUGUUUUAUGGGCAAUGUAUGUUACGUUAUGCUAACCGCUCCAUAUUCUCCAUUGAGGAUGAUUUUGUGUAUUUCAAUUAUGAAUAUGGACCUCCUGGUUACAAGCAGUUUGAUCAGCCAUUAUCAAGCAUGUUGAUUGACCUCUCCAAUAAGGCCAAAGUUAAUAAUAUGUCCCUGGCUUAUGCAAUGGGAAGUGUCUAUGUUAGUGAAAAUGUAAUACUUUCAGCAUAUGCUGAUUGCACUCCUGAUUUAACCCCAUCAGAGUGCAACAAGUGCUUUCGAACUGGACUCAAUAGGCUUCCGAUGAAUGGAAAGCAAUUAGGGACAACUGUACAACCAAGCUGUCGAUUGCAAUACCUUUUUGUUGAUUUCAACCAAGGCUGUUAUCAUUUUUGCUUAGGAAACAAUCACACGUCAUAUAUUGUUGUUAUUAUAGUUGCUGGAGUUGCAGGGAUAUCAUUCAUCUUGAACUUCUAUGUGUGCUUCAGAAAAUUUAAAGCAAGAGGAAAGCCCACUGGAAUUGAAGAGAUUGAAAGCAUGGAAAAUCUACAUUUGCAAUUUGAUGUUAUCAAAGUUGCCACUGACAACUUCUCUCCUGAAAAUAAAAUUGGCCGAGGUGGAUUUGGAGUUGUUUACAUGGGAACACUUGCAGAUGGACAAGCUAUAGCUGUUAAGAGGCUUGCAAGUCCCUCAGGGCAAGGAAUCAGGGAAUUCAAGAGUGAAGCAUGCUUAGCAGCAAAGCUGCAACAUAAGAAUCUUGUCAAACUUUAUAGAUUUUGCUUAGAAGGAGAAGAAAAAUUACUUGUAUAUGAGUUCGUGCCAAAUAAAAGCCUUGACCGAUUUCUAUAUGGUACAACCAGGGGAGUCCAUUUGAAGUGGGAAACUCGACAAAGGAUUGUAAUGGGAAUUGCAAGAGGACUUCUGUAUCUUCAUGAAGAUUCCAGAUUCAGGAUUAUCCAUCGCGAUCUUAAGCCUAGCAACAUAUUAUUGGAUGGAGAAAUGAACCCCAAGAUUGCUGAUUUUGGAAUGGCAAGACUUUUCGAGGUUGACCAAACUCAAGGAAAUACUAGUAGAGUUGCUGGAACAUUUGGCUACAUGGCUCCUGAGUAUGCUUCAACAGGGAAUUUUUCAGUCAAAUCUGAUGUUUUUAGUUUUGGAGUCUUACUUCUGGAGAUUGUGAGUGGACGCAGGAAUAGUGUAACUGAUCUAAACAUAGAAGAUGAGAACUUACUAAAUCAUGCAUGGAAGUGCUGGAAUGAUGGGACCGGUUUAGAGUUGGUGGAUCCAAAUCUUGGAGGAAAUUUCUCAAUCCCUGAAAUUGAAAGAUACAUCCAUAUUGGAUUAUUGUGUGUUCAGGAAGAUGCAGCUAGACGGCCAGCAAUUGCAUCAAUCUUGUCUAUGCUCAGUAGCCAGUCAGCUGUUCUGCCAUCUCUGACAGCGCCUCCAGCUUUUCCGUAUCAGAGAAACCUUCCUCAAGCCUUGAGUGCAAGUAAUGCUCAUUUUACAGAGGUGUUCACUAAUGUGAAUGGCAGGUAAUUCUAUUACAUGGAAGCUCUGUUACUUAGAAGGCUGAUUGAUUACAAUGCUUGAAAACUCGUUAUAGGGAUUCUUUUACACAAAAUUUAUUUCCUUCAUGUCAAUGAAUGAUAAUUAUACUCAAUAUUUUGCUUGUUAACACAGCAUGAUUGUAAUAAUGGUUUUCUGAUUUUGCUAGACAUUAUUAUUUGUUAACACAACAAUUGAUUCUACUUUGAUGUGGAUCCAAAAGUA